UCCUCACGAGACUCAGCCGCAGCCGGGCCCGCAGGGGGGAGCCGGCAAAGGAGGAGGGGGGGGGGGGGAGAGAAGAGACGACAACCCUGCGCAUGCGCGAGACCGCCGCGGUUUCCCAUUCAGGAGAAGGAGGCGGGAUAUCGGCGCCUCCCGAGAAAAGGAUAAAGCUGUUUCAGAACUUGGGGAGGGGAUACAUCAUGUGUCAACUGUCUCUAGUGAAAACAGCUUCACCUGGAACUUAAAAUGCCCUUUUUUGGUUUAAAUAUUAACAGGAAGUUUAACUCCUGCCAACAUGACUGAGAACUCCCUGGCUAACACUCAGGAAAUGAAAAGCCUAACCCAGUCACAGGCAUCCGAAUACAGAGGUUCUUCAAAACAGAUGGUUUAAGAUUUAUGGGUUGCAGUGACACUUGAGAAGACUGGACGGUCCAGCACACAGAAAAUCGGGUCUUUUACCUCAAGGUUGUUGGUUCAAAACACUGCCGGUUUUUAAGUGGCCUUUUAGAAUAAGUGUUCAUCAUCGGACCUGUGAAUAUCAGAUAAUGAAGUAGGGUAUGCUCAAGUCAUCUAGUACAUCACUCUUGAAAGACAGUGUGUAGACAAUAUCUACGAAUGUGGCAGUUAACAUCACGGAAAGGAUGCCUUAUUUGAAAUGAGUCCCAAGUAGCGACUUGCUGGGGAUUAAGGUACAGAGAGAUUAAGUGAUCUCCUGCAUCCCAGUUUAGUGACAUAGCAACAAGACCUGCUUUCCUAAUGGCACAAAAGAUCUGAUUACAAAACAUGGCCUAACUUUCAAACCACUUGUCAGCAAGGAUCCCAGUUCAGCGAUGCCCUCUCUGGCUGAGACACUGACACCAGAGCAGAUAACAGAGUACAAAGGCGUCUUCGAGAUGUUUGAUGAGGAGGGCAAUGGGUUAGUGAAAACAGAUGAGCUGGAGAAGCUUAUGAGCUUGAUGGGAAUCAACCCAACCAAGAGAGAGCUGGCGACAAUGGCAAAGGAGGUGGACAAAGACAAUAAGGGCACCUUGAACUGUGACAGUUUUCUGGUUUUGAUGGGCAUUUACCAUGAAAAGGCUAAAAACCAGGAUGAAGAGUUGAGGGCAGCAUUCAAGGUCUUUGAUAAGGAACACAAAGGCUACAUUGAUUGGAAUACACUCAAGUAUGUACUGAUGAAUGCUGGAGAGCCACUAAAUGAACAGGAGGCUGAACUGAUGAUGAAAGAAGCUGAUAAGGAUGGAGAUGGAACCAUUGAUUAUGAAGAGUUUGUGGCCAUGAUGACUGGAGAAUCCUUUAAGCUUGUUCAAUAGCAACCUGAAGAAGAACCAGAUCCUUUGUUACAAAGAUCCUUCCUAGACACUCUCUCCUGCAAGGACUGCAAUUCUUCUCAAGAUGCUGUGAUCUGGAGAUGUUUCCGAACACCACUCAUACACUACCCACAUCUGAGUAACUUCACCUGGCAUUCACAGCAGAAGGAAGCUACAGACCAGAGCAGAGCUGAGAGACUCCUCUCACAGCAGGUGUAGAAGCUCUUGCAGGACAGAUUCAGUUAUUCAAGCAAUCUGUUUUGGGCCAUGGAAAUCGUACAAGAGCCAUAAUUUAUGUUUAUUAAUAAACUUUAUAUAGAAAGUUUUUCCAAUAUGGCUUUAAAGAGUCCUGUGAAAGGAACAUAGCGUACUUGGGAAAGGAAUGCAUGUGCUUUGCCAGGACUCCCACUUCUCCUGUAUAAAUCAUUCCUGGGACUGAGAAUUGCUCCCAGGUCCACACCUACUUUUAUGCAUCUCAAAAACAGUUCACACCUUGGUUAGAAAUGCCUAAACUUCACUUCUGCACAGUGGACUAAAUAAAGCUACCCGAGGGAGUGCCUGAGAACAUGAGUCACAUUGCACUGAAUUUCAAGCUCACAAUAAUUCAGUGUUUCAAGUGGGCUUGGAAAAACAUUGAGGAAACCUGUGAAAUGAUGAAGUCGGAGUUGGGUAACAGAUGGAAAAGCCUGUAAUGCUGCAAGCUGGUUCUGAACCAGAGCACAGCACACAAGGGGAAGGGCACUGGACUUGGGAAAAGCAGAGGGAAUCCUUGUAACACUGCAUGUCUGUGCUCCAAACUACAAGUGGGUUAAAGCAAACUAUUAAGUCAGGAGAAAGCAAUGGGGAAUUGGUCCGUCUUGGCACAUGCGCUGUUCAUUGUGGACCAGAUUUUCAAAAAUAUUUAGGCACCUAAAGGUGCAGAUGGCACUUUUGAAAAUCCAUUUGGUGCCUAUCUGCCACUUUAGAUCCAAAUACCUUUUGAAAAUCUGGCCAUUUGCCCCUAUAUUUUAGAAUGAACUAGAAGUUAUUUCUUCUAACCUACAUGUACCCUCUUGCUCCAUAAAGCUUUUUAAAUUCAGAAGACCCACCAUUCAACUCUUGCUGAGGGGAGGAAGCUCAUAGGAUCUUUGUUCAAAAGUAUAUGCUACCCUGUGAACUGUACAUAGUGCUUAUUUCUGCAUAAGAGCUAGGACUCUUCCUCCUGCAUCAGGUUAUUGAAAUGAAGUAGUCAAGUGAAGAUAUUCACCUGAAGACAAACACUCAAGAGGCAGCAGUUGUGGUUUUGGACUAUAUUUGAGGAACAUAUAUGGUGCAAUGGUUUAACUAAAGAUGUGAUUUUAAACUGAUUUAGUUAAUCUAGUGCAAACCCCUGUGCGGACACUAUUAUUUCAAUUGAAACUAGAUUUAUUGCAGUUUAGUUUAAGUCGGUUAAGAAUCAGCUUAAGCUAAAACAGCAAUGAGCCACUCUUAACCAAAAUAAGAAUGUCCAGUUUUUAAACUGAUUCAGUAAACCGUCUCAACUCUCUUAUGUAGACCAGGCCUAAACAAAUGCUAUCUCACAGGCAGGAGUAAAACUGAGCUCAGUUUGCAAGUGACACUGUCCAGUAGCUUUUCAGAAACCAUUCUUUCCAUGCUGAUUCAGAGACCUGAACAGCGAGGGUUUUUUUUGGCAUCUACAAAGCUCAGACAUCAUUGAAAAUAUGAUUGACAGUCUUCUUUAGCCUAUUAUACAUUUGCAUUGCAGUAAUGCCUAGAGGCCUCAGUCAGGGAUCAGGGCUUCCUUGACCUAGGGUAAUUAUGAACUGGGUCCAUAAUAUUUUCCAUAGCACACAGCUCUCCAGUACAGGAUAGUUCAAGCAGGCAGCGUACACAUAUCUGUAGAUUUCACAGAGGCUUCACUUUUAUCCACAAAUACCGUCUAGACCAGUCCUUGUCUUACUCCAGCAGCCGCCAAUCACAUCCUCAAAUGACUCCUCAAGCUCACCACGCUUGCUUUGCUUUGGUCAGUGAGAAAAUGUGACUUGUUUCUACCAGCUCUGAGACAACAUGAAAAGCUCACACAGCACCCAUCUCAUGCUCAGCAAAGGAUCCCACUAGAUCUCCUGCACCUAUAUGCUCUUAUGCAACAGCAGGCCUUCACUCCGUUUCAGCAAUGCAAUCACAGGAACAUUUCUCUAGAGUCCACAGUCAUCUCCCCUCCUUAGGAAACUUUCCCUGUCCCGAUCACUACUAGUCUGAACAGACCCUGUGUCCAAACAUGAAGGACUCUCUCUGAUUCCUAAUACAGUAUCUCAUCUUUAUUUACUAGCUUAGUCUUUCCUUUUAACCCUCUAGGGCUCUCCCUUCACUCACCUCUUAAGUAAUAUAAGCAAAUAUUUUUUUCAAGCCUAUCUUUAUGUUGAUUUCGAACAAGCACAGUUCAUCAGAGGGUAAUUCUUUCCCUAAGCUGCCCUGGGGAAAUCCCCCAGCUUCCUGGAAACCACCAGCCUCCUCACCAGACCAAUUAUAGGAUAAUUGAGAGCAGGUUUAAUAUUUCUUCCCAUCAUGGCCACAAACCUUCAGUGGUGGUAACUUCCCAGCACUUGUUUGCUAAUAAAGCCUCUGAUGCAGUGCAGGCUACUGGGUCUUUUGGGGAUAAUUUUACUUGCCUACUUCACAGGGGUGUUGAGAGGUAUCAUGAUUGUGGUAUGAUUCAGAUGGUGCCAGUCUGUACCAUAAACAAGCACAAGUUGUCCCAGGGGUGGUCGGAAGUGCCUUGCUAGCCCUUUGUACCUCGGCAAUGGACAGCAGAUUAAAGCAGCAGGAGGAGCUCUCACCUUGCUAGCCAAGGAGGCUGGGGGAAUCUAUGGCAGGGGACAGGUGAGGAGGGGGAGCUGCACUCCCCACUUUAUCAGCUGGGAAUAGGAGCUAAAAUGUGAAAUGAGUUGAGAGGUGAGAUGUAGGUAUCAGUCCUACAAUAUGAGCGGGCCCCAGCAUCUGCACAGAGUCCCACAGACUUCAGCAGGUCUCUGGUCAGAUGCAGAGGUUCAUUUGCAUACCAUGCAUUGCAGAAUCAGGGCCUUAGUCCAGUUGGUAGCCUCCUUAUCACCAAACCUCAGCAGGGAUACCUAGGACUGAAAUGGCUGUAGAGACUGAAUACACCUGAAAGCACCACCCUCCAAAUCAGCCUUGAGGAGCAGUGGGGUAGGUUGCCCUGCCUGACCUACCUCAGGCGGUUCUAUGGCCCAUGCCCAUAGAACCUGAGCACCCUCAGUCACUACUGUAUUUAUCUUUGCAAUAUCUCUGUGAGGCAGAUCCACAGGAGCCAAAGUGAGUAACAAGAAGUGGGGAAGAUGGAGAUAUGCCCCCUCUCUCCUUACAAUAAAAUCUGGCUUUAACUAGGACAAUUUCACAAUGACCAGAAUUACAAUAAGCACAUUGCAAUGCAUUGUGGAACGUCCUGGGCACAUCUCAUCACAUCCAUGUACCUCAGUGGGACUCUAGGAUGGGCAAAAAAGACACACCAGAGACUCCAUCAGGUUUUACAUUAAUCCCAGUGCAGAACUUUGAGAGUUUUAGCCCGUGCUUCCUGAAUACAAAGAGUGCAAACACAACCAAUAACUGUACUGAGAGUAAAAAAUUUUCAUUUGAAAAAUUGAAUGGAAAAUGGCCAUUUUUCUCAACAAACAAAUGUGCUGAAAAUUUCCAUCUCCUUUGAAAUUUUCCAGUUCGUGAAAAAACAAAACCUGAAAAUCCCCAAAUUUGGAGGGUAGGGGAGGGGUAUUGUCAAACCAGCUCUACUCACUACAUAACUUAGUAUCUCAGUGCUAUGAAGUAAGGAGCUUCCCCUUAACUGUAUCAUAUUACAUUGGAUCACUCUAUAUAACAAGAAUACUCUGCAAGUCACUACAGUAUCAUUAUUGCAAAGUGCAAUGUUUGGGACCAUUACCUUAGCACUGUUUAAGAGGGGAAUGUAUGUAAGAGAAACAGCAGGAAUCUUUGUAGAUAGAGGAGGCUGUGUUGUAGAUGGGUUGUGAAAGAGGCAGGAUUAACUUAUGCAGCAUUUCAGAACUCAUGUAGCUUUCUGCAAAAAUAGCAUUACGUGUCAGUAACCCUACUGGAAAGUUAGAGUGAGCAUGAACACUGAAUUCUGUGUCAAGUUCCAGUACAAAAUAUGCUAGCUGCCUGCCACAGCACUGGCAGGGGAGAUAUGAUACUCAUUGUACCGGCAAAAAUGUUGGCAACCACUAGAGAGCACCAGUUUCCUAAUCAGAGCACAGCUAUGAUAUUUAAAUUGCUAACUUAG